AUGAGGUUGUUGAUAGAAAGUGGUUGCUUUACUCUAAGAAUGUGGACAAGCAAGUCUUUAUUGGCAUCUGAUGGACUGAGGGAUUGGAAGCGUCUUAGUCAGAGGCUGAAAGAACAUGAGAGCAGUGUUGAGCAUCUAAAAAGUAUGAGUACAUGGAAUGAACUUAGGUUGAGGCUGAACAAAAAUGAAACAAUUGAUGAUGAUUUGCAAAGGGAAGUGGCAAAGGAAAAAGAGCGUUGGAGACAAGUGUUGACAAGAAUUGUUUCUGCUGUGAAGUUUCUUGCUAAAAAUAAUUUGGCCUUGCGAGGAACAAAUGAGAAGAUUUAUCAAGAUAAUAACGGUAAUUUUCUAGGCACAAUUGAAAUGAUUGCUCAAUUUGAUGUUGUUAUGCAAGAACACAUUAGACGGAUUCAGAAUAAUGAAAUUCAUCAUCAUUAUCUUGGCCAUAAUAUUCAGAAUGAAAUAAUUUCUCUUAUUGCUGAUUCCAUAAGAAGAUAUAUGUUGAGUAUCAUCAAGGCUGCCAAAUAUUUCUCUGUUAUCUUGGAUUGUACUCCAGAUGCUAGCCAUGAAGAACAAAUGACUUUAAUUGUGCGUUGUGUCAAUAUGUCAAGUAACAUUCCGAGAGUGGAGGAAUUCUUUUUAGGCUUCUUAUCUGUGGAAGAAACAACAGGAUUGGGACUCUUUACUUAUUUGAUGGAUUUAUUGGAGCAUUUUGAAUUGAAUGUUGCUGAUGUGAGAGGUCAAGGCUAUGACAAUGGUUCUAAUAUGAAGGGAAAACACCAGGGUGUUCAGAAGCGUUUGCUUGAGAUUAAUCCAAGAGCAUUAUAUAUGCCAUGUGCUUGUCAUAGUCUAAACCUCACUCUUUGUGACAUGGCACAAUCUUGUGGAAAAGCUAUUUCAUUCUUUGGUGUUAUACAACGGAUAUAUACUUUGUUCUCUGGUUCUACUAAGAGGUGGAAAAUAUUGACUGACAAUGUUCCCAAACUAACUGUCAAAUCUUUGUCCACCUCUCGUUGGGAGAGUAGAAUAAACAGUGUCCAAGCUAUCAGGUACCAAACUCCCCAAAUAAGAGCAGCUUUGUUGGAAGUGGUGAGAAGUUCUACAAAUGACCCAAAAUCAGUAAGUGAUGCUGAAAAUUUAGUAACCGCUCUUGAGAAUUUUGAAUUUUUAUGUGGUAUGGUUAUUUGGCAUGAUAUUCUAUUUUCAAUAAAUAUGGUGAGUCAAAAACUGCAAUCUAAGAUUGUGUGCAUGGAUGCUGCAAUUCACCAAAUAGAAGGUGUCAUUUCAUAUUUCAAGAGGUAUAGAGACGAAGGCUUUAGUCGUAGCAUUAAGAUUGCAACAGAAUUUGCAGAAGAGAUGGAUGUGGAGCCAAUAUUUCCGACAAAACGAAAAGGUAAAAGAAAGAAACAUUUUGAUGAACAGAAUGAUCAAAAUGAAGAGACACUAGCAGCUAUAGAGUCAUUCAGAAUUAAUUAUUUUCUUACCAUGAUUGAUAUGGCGAUUGCUUUAUUGACUAGUCGAUUCGAGCAGAUGAAGACAUUUGAAAACCUGUUUGGUUUCUUAUUAAACUCAGAAAACCUGAAGUCUUUGGAUGAUAAUGAUCUAUGGAAGUGUUGUACUACUUUUGCAGAAGCUUUUUCUCAUGAUAACUCUUUUGAUGUUGAUCUCAAUGACUUUAUCAGUGAAUUACAAGUGCUGCAAAAAAUUUUACCAGAUGAUUUGAUGUCAGCACCUGAGAUUUUUCAGUUCAUUACUGUUGAAGAUUGUUAUCCAAAUGUUUCUAUUGCAUAUCGAAUUUUAUUGACCAUACCUGUGACUGUAGCCUCAGCUGAAAGGAGUUUCUCAAAGCUGAAAUUGCUCAAAAAUUAUUUGAGGUCAACUAUGUCGCAAGAUAGAUUGAAUGGCUUAGCUACAUGUUCUAUUGAGAAAGGUAUAUUGGAGAAUGUUGAUCUCAACAUCGUCCUUGCUGAUUUUGCUUCAAGAAAUGCUCGACGGAGUUUUUUGUUAUGA